AUGGGUGCAGGCCAUUACUUUUUCGUCAAUGGGAUGCAUUUGUUCGGCAAAUAUGGAGGCUUCUUACUAGGGGCAAUAGGAAAAAAUGAUAAUGAGGGCCUGUUCCAUGUAGCAUUUGGCAUUGUCCAUAAUGAAACAAACGAGAACUUGACAUGGUUUCUUGCCACGCUUGGUGAGGUGUUGUAUGGUGAUGAUGACUAUGACAAGGUUAUCACUUUUGUGUCAGACAAGUCCAAAGGUCUUGCAAAAGCCGUUGUGAAAGUCUUCCCUUCCACCCCACAUGGUUUUUGUUUGCGACAUUUUGAGGCAAACUUCAUGAGGGUAAAUGCUAGGCUUGGUAAGGCUUUGAGAGAGGAGUGUUGGGCUAUAAUCAUCAUAAUCGUGUUUGCAUGCAUGUCUAGAGAGUAUGACACGGCAAUUAGUGAACUUGAAUCUAUAUUGACUGCAGCGCACCAUUGGUUUAAACUCAUGAACAUGUUCACAAAUAAACGUGUCCAAUCCCACAAGUGGGAAACACACCUCUGUCCUGAGAUACAUAACAAAGUUGAUCAACUUGUAGAAGAUAGCCGCUCAUUAUGGGUUGGUCGAUCUGAUGGUGAUAAUUACGAAGUAGUAGAUGAGAACAACAACGCAGUCAACUUCAUAUGA